AGUGGGAGUUCACAGUUCAAGGGCCGGUAACGCGCGUGCUAUAAGACCCGCGCCACGUGUGUUCCCUCCUCCCCCGCCGCCAUGGAGCUGACAGUGGCGCUGCUGGUCGCGACUGUCGCGUGCUCUGCGGUAGCCGCCAGGAACACCAGCUUCCCCCAGGGUUUCCUGUUCGGGGCGGCCACCGCGGCCUACCAGGUGGAGGGCGCCUGGAACACCAGCGGCAAGGGAGAGAGCAUCUGGGACAGGUUCGUCCACACGAGUCCCAGCUGCAUCGCCCAGGGAGCCACGGGUGACGUGGCCUGCGACUCCUACCACAAGUACCAGGAGGACGUGAAGGCGCUCAAGACAAUCGGGUUCAACUUCUACCGCUUCUCGAUAUCCUGGCCGAGGAUCCUGCCGAAGGGAGACGUGUCCGUCAUCAACCAGGACGGCAUCGACUACUACAACAACCUCAUCAACGAGCUGCUCGCCAACAACAUCCAGCCGGUGGUCACCAUGUACCACUGGGAUCUCCCGCAACACAUCCAGGAUCUCGGCGGGAUGGCCAACUCCAUAGUGGUCGACUACUUCGAGGACUACGCCAGGCUUCUGUACACCCACUUCGGAGACAGGGUGAAGUGGUGGAUCACCUUCAACGAGCCGCUGUCCUUCGUGCGCGGCUACCACUCGCAGUGCUUCGCGCCGGGCGUCUCGGCGCCUGGCGUCGGCGAGUACCUGGUGGCGCACAACGUGCUCAAGGCGCAUGCGCGCGCCUACCGCCUCUACGACCGACACUUCCGCGCCGCGCAGAGAGGAAAGGUUAGCAUCACUCUCAACAUUAACUAUGCCAAGCCGAAAACCAACACGACAGCUGACAUUGAAGCAGCAGAAAGAUACCUUCAGUUUAACCUGGGAUGGUUCGCACACCCGAUCUACAGCCAGGAGGGAGACUACCCCGCCGUCAUGAAGGAGAGAGUCGCCAACAACAGCAAGGCAGAGGGCUUGCGCAGGUCCAGACUGCCGGAGUUCGGCGAGUAUUGGGUCAACUACAUCCGAGGCACACAUGACUUUUUCGGACUCAACCUGUACACAUCCGACCUAGUGAGCGCUCCGAGCUCGAAUGUCAGCAGUUCAGGCAUCAGCAUGGACAACGACAUGGGGAACCUCGUGGUGGAGAAAGACCCGAGCUGGCCUCAUGGUUCACUCGUACGGUUCAGGUACACGCCAUUUGCGAUGAGGAAAAUGCUCAACUGGGUUACUCGUAAUUACAACCAAGUGCCUAUUCUCGUAACUGAGAACGGUUGGUGCGACACAGGAGAACUCAAUGACACAAUGAGAACACGGUACUACGUGAACUAUUUGGCUUCAGCACUGGAUGCGGUUUACCAGGACAACGUAACUAUGAUAGGUCACACGGCCUGGAGCAUAAUUGACAACUUGGAAUGGGCAGAAGGCUACACGGCGAAGUUCGGCUUGUACCGGGUGAACUUCAGCGAUCCGGAAAGGACGAGAACCGCUAAGGACUCUUCGAAGGUGUACGCGUCCAUCAUCAAGAACAGAAAACUUCCGGAAGAAUAUCUGGACAAACGUUGGAGAGUCGCGAGACAUUCUCAUCCCGUGGCCACCAUGAAUGCUUACAGCUGUGUGUUGUUGGUGGCGGCUGUGUUCGGGGGCGGCUGUGUUGGGGGCGGAGCCGCCAGGAACCUCCGCUUCCCCGAUGGCUUCAUGCUGGGGGCGUCGAGCGCCGCCUACCAGGUGGAGGGCGCCUGGAACACCAACGGCAAGGGAGAGAGCAUCUGGGACCGGCUGGUCCACACAAACCCGCAGUGCAUCGCCAACCACGACACGGGAGACGUGGCCUGCGACUCCUACCACAAGUACCAGGAGGACGUGAAGGCGCUCAAGACAAUCGGGUUUGGUUACUACCGAUUUUCCAUCUCUUGGGCGAGAGUGCUGCCUACAGGAGACAUCACAAACGUCAACCAAGAUGGCGUCAACUACUACAACAACCUCAUCAACGAGCUACUCGCCAACAACAUCCAACCAGUCGUGACCAUGUAUCAUUGGGAUCUUCCUCAACACCUUCAAGAGUUCGGAGGAAUGAGUAACAGCGUGUUCGCUGAUUAUUUCGAAGAUUACGCGCACUUCCUGUUCACAAAAUUUGGCGACAGAGUGAAGUGGUGGAUCACCUUCAACGAGCCGCUGUCCCUGGUGAGCGGCUACAUGGGCGACUGCUUCCCGCCCCGAGUGAGUGCGCGCCGGGUGGGCGAGUACUACGUGGCCCACAACCUGCUGAUGGCGCAUGCGCGCGCCUACCACGUGUACGACAAGGUCUUCAGGAGCAAGCAGCGAGGUAAAGUGGGAAUAUCUUUGAACAGCAACUACGCCAAACCAAAAAGCAACUCCGCAGCUGAUCUAGAAGCUGUCAACCGGUUUCUUCAGUUCGAUCUGGGCUGGUUCGCUCACCCCAUCUUCAGCUCCCAGGGCGACUACCCCGCCCUCAUGAAGGAGAGGAUUGCCAACCUCAGCAAAGCAGAGGGACGUCGCAGGUCCAGGCUGCCAACCUUCAGUCAAGCGUGGAUCGACCUCAUCAAAGGGUCGGCGGACUUCUUCGGGCUGAACAUGUACACGUCGCAGGUGGUCGGCGCCGAGAAGAAGGGCGGCCUGGGCAACAGCAGCGACAUGGGCUUCCUCUCGGCCGAGUUCGACGCCAGCUGGGCCAAGUCCUCGGCGUCCUGGCUCAGGUACACGCCCUUUGGAAUGCGCGGGUUGCUCAACUGGGUGCACAAGGAAUACGGCAACCAUCCCAUCUUGAUCACUGAGAACGGCUGGACCGACAGUGGAGAAAGUUACGACACCAUGAGGAUACGGUACUACGCGAACUACCUGGCUUCGCUGCUGGACGCUGUCUACAUUGACAAAAUAAACGUCAUAGGCCACAUUGCAUGGAGCCUCACCGACAACUUCGAGUGGUCUAACGGCUACACAAUGAAAUUUGGAAUAUUUAGCGUGGACUUCAAUAACGCAGAGAGACCAAGAAAAGCCAAACAUUCCGCAUCAGUUUAUGCUUCCAUGAUUAAGAAGUGGGAGGUUCCAAGUGAAUAUUUGGACAAAUAGUAAUCACGAAGACAAGAUAAACAAAUGUUUGUUAACAGCGUUAAAGCGCAAUGAUGUGAUGUCACAAAAUGAAUAAAAUGUUCAUAGUGUUCCUUAUUUAUAAUAAAAUAAAUAUAUAGUUUUAUAAUUUUUAACAAA